UGACGUUAUUUAAUGGCGCUUUCUCUCCAGAUUGUAUCGUAUUAAUGUUGUAUUGAUCCUCAUCCGCCUCUAUCACCCCCUCACCGGGGUCACGAGAGGACUAACACGUCAUGGGUUCUCGGUAACUCCCGUGUGACGUGUCGAAAGAUAUUUUUCUCCCGUUGCUGUCAAACUGUUCCACUCUUUAAACCGACCAACUAUUAUUUUCAUUCAUUCGGUGUUUUCUUCUGUUAUUAACGCGCACCGGUGACGCUGCGGGUUUUAUGUACCUGUGCGCGUGUGACAGGUGAGACAGCGCUAAUUAUAGCUCACUGACACCCAAACCCGCAUCACCGAUAAUGAGCUGCGAGUUCGGUUCGGAUAAAAGCUCGUUUUACAGAACGAACCGCAAGUUCAGCAGCAGUUUUGAGGCGGAUUUCUUCUCACCUGUGCACGCGCGGACGGACCGGCUGAACCCGCUGAACCGGAUCCGCUCGAGAUAACCUUCAACUCUUUUAGCUGUCGUUGAUGAUGGUUUGUUUGUGUGAAUAAUAUACUGGAUCAACCCAGAGCACGACAGACAGACAGAAGCGCUUGUGAGUUUAUGGACUGGAGGUGGCGAUGUCUCCAGGAGAGGACGGUCUAAUCGGGAUCCCCUUCCCGGAGCACAGCAAUGAGCUCCUGUCCCGUCUUAAUGCUCAACGGCGGUCAGGGCUGCUCUGUGACCUCACGCUGACCUCACGUGGUGCACGAUACCCAACGCACCGGUCUGUUAUGGCCGCAGUCAGUCUUUACUUCCGCCGUCUGUUUGGGGCAGAGGAAGAUGAGGAGGGAGGCGAGGGCGUGGGUGACAGCUGUAGCGUUUGCCAGCUGGACUGCGUGUCACCGGAUGCGCUGGCGGCACUGCUGGAGUUCGCCUACACUGCAACGCUGACGAUCCGCAGCUCGGGCAUGAGGGAGGUUCUGAAGGGUGCGCAGCUGCUGGGCAUUCAGUGCGUGGCAGACGCCUGCAGAGACAUCCUGGGCGAGUCGGGUGACAUAGAGGAGGCGGAGCGCCUGCCAUCUCGCCGCAAACAGGACCGUUGCUCCGUUGCCAGAGCGAUGUCCCCCGUGAGACCAGCGUGGCGGAGUUCCCAACCCGAAAUGGCACCGGCGUCUGAGGACACGCCCGAGUAUGGGCUGCUUCCCACACAAGGGCGAGAAGGACACCCGGCACCCAUCGCAGGACAAGACCGAGGUGCACGUGCGGGCCACCGAGAGGUGCUAAUAAACGGAGGUAAACACUGGCUGCAAGAGUCAACCCCGAUCCCUCACCGCCCUGAAGACACCCCAUCAGAGGAGGAGGAGUCAAGUGUGCAAGUGCAGGCCACACCUCUCAACAGUCAAUCACAAGCAGACAGAGCAGGGGGCGGAGCUACAGCAGGAGGCGGCAGGAAGAGGAAGUCUCAGAUGCCACAGCAGUGUCCAGUCUGUCAGAAAAUCAUCCAUGGGGCGGGAAAGCUGCCGCGGCACAUGAGAACACACACGGGAGAGAAGCCAUUCCAGUGCACGGCCUGCGGCGUCCGUUUCACAAGGAAUGACAAGCUGAAGAUCCACAUGCGUAAACACACAGGUGAGCGGCCGUACCUGUGUCCCAGCUGCCCCGCCCGCUUCCUGCACUCGUACAAUCUGAAGAACCAUCUGUCGCUGCACAGUGGAGAUCGUCCUUUCGAGUGCCCGCUUUGCCACAAGGCCUUCGCCCGAGAGGACCAUCUACAGCGCCACAGAAAUGGCCACAGCUGUCUUGAGCUCCGAACCCGUCGCCCGCGCUAUGGAACAGGGCCAGAACCCCGAGCCUCCCCACCCUCUGAUUCAUUCAGCCUUCAUCAGCACCCCAAUCACAUGAGUGCAGUCGCAGCUGCGCAGCUCCUGUACCCACCAGACCCCGAUGGCCACAGCAUGCCAGUGCAGGGUGUGCCACUGCUGGGGGCGGCCAGGAUGCCCUACCCUGAGCUGCUGUGGCGGGUGAUUGGGGGGGCAGCGGUCAAAGUGCUGGAUAAAGGUGAGGAAGGCUCGUCUCCGCAUAGGAACGUGCCAGUUAUGAAUAGUACAAGGGAGCAUGAAGAUGAGGACGAGGAUGCCGGCAGGAAGGAGGAAGAGUGAUAAUGCUGGAGUGUGUGUAUUUGUGUGUGUGUGUGUACCAUCGUAUAUCAGUUAGUCGCAUCUAUUUCUGUUCAUCAGAACUCCAUGCAACAAACUGUAACAUUUAUAUGACAGCAACUCAACACAAUACAACUACAAACAUUGGAAGCGGUGAAACGGUUUGGAACUGUUCUAAUAGUACUUUCUCCUGUAUUUUGUUUAAUUUGUCAUGUUUACAUUGUUUUUGCAGUAUGUAUGAAUCCAGAUUGACCACUUUUAGAGAUUCAUCAAUGUAGAAUUGUUUAUGUUCUGUAUGGAGAAAUUUAUGAUGUUCAUGCUAUGCAAGAUUUGAACAUGAAAGAGUGAUUGAACAAAUCAGGCAACAAAUAAAUAAAGAAUUAAAAAUGAAAAUUAAGCACGUAGAGGUGACAUAAAGACGUGGCCUUCUGUCUACGUUACAUUUUGCCACCUACAGGUGAUGACAGGUGCUCAGGGUAUCAUGAAGAUGAAUUGCUUUCUAGUGAAGAAUUAAAUGUAGCUUUUUCUCUAAAUAAAUUCAGUUUAAAACAUUUCAUUUUCAAAAGAUAGAAUUUCCUCUCAUACUGAAGAUUACGUUUAGUUUGGAAUGAAUUGAGACAUUAGAGAUGAAUUUUUUUCAGAGUGAAACUGGACCAGUUCUUACACGUUUGAGGACUUGUGAAUCUCAAUAGGAAAUGUUUGUUGGUUUUGGUUUACGUUUGUUCUGUUUUGAGUUUGAGAAGCUGAAAUUAGAGGAAUGGUUCUAGUUUUCCUGUGCUACUUUUCUUUAUAAAAGAAAAGGGAAGAUGAGAAAAAGCAGGAUGGAUAGUUCUUGUGUAUACUAUUCUAUUUAUUUAUUUGUUGGUUUGAUAUUUAUUGUAGCACUUGGGUUAUUCUGCAUUUUCCAUAUGAAGCUUCUCAUAUGCUUCUAACAGAGUCUUAAGUUGUUUUAUUUUUGCUUUGGCUGGUGACUGUAGUCAGUUGUCUCCUUAGGCCUGGUCUAGGAUCAGUUUUGCCUUUUUUCUCGUAAUGGCCUCAGGUAGAUGCAGUGUGACGUCUGAUCUCUGGACGGCGUUCGCAUCCCAUUUAACAUCACUGUACGUGUGUAAAGUGCAUGUAAACGUUCAUGUGCUUUAAAGAACUGAUGGGAUAUUCUGCAAUCUCGUCUGUAUGCAAGGUUUUGCACGUUAAAGUAAAAUCCCCUCCAGUUACGGGCACAAAACACAGAAUGAGUAAAGGAGGAGCUUUGCCUUUUUGAUGCAAAUGCAAUUAGAUGUUUUUGGGGAAAAAACAAUAUAAAAACUGUAAUAUAAUCAAUUAAUCAUUUGCAUUAUAUGGAAAAUGAGUCUAUAGCUUUAGCCGCCUUAAUUUCGCUGUAGGAGAGCAUUUUGGCUUUUUGAUCAACUCUUUAAAGCAAUUAUAAUGUAUAUGAGAGAUACUGGAAGCGUGUCGGGAUGCAUUCUGGGAGUUUGAGUCUUUUGUUUGUUACUGUACUGCUGACAGUAGGGAAACUACCCAAAGAGGUUUAUUUGCACUAAAAUGGGAUUUUGAAAUACUUUCUUAUUCAUUAGCCACCACAUAUGAUUGUAAAUUGAAAAAAAACUCUGUAUUGUAAUAUUAAGUACUUCUCAAAAAUUGUCUAUCUGAAAUUUAUGAUGUAAAAAGGUCAAACUGCCUUGGUUAAAUUUUUUAGUUUAUGUUUUUUGCAACUAAUUCUCAGGAAAUCGUGAUCCAUGCACUAAGUGGUUAUGCAAAUGUUUGGUGAAAUAUUAAUUUAUUGUAUAUAUUUGUGCUUGGAAAUAUGAAUAGCCCUGUUAGGAAGAAAAGCCUAGUUUCCUUACACUCAUCUUUUAAAUAAGUCAGUUUUUUAGUAAUCGAUAUGAUUGAAUCCGAGUUGUUUUAUAUGAAAUGAUCUGUUUGCUCUGUUCUUACUGUAGAAGUGAAUGUAUGGAUGGGUGCUGAUUUGGGCUCUUGUGUUUUUGGGUGAUGGGGCUUCUGGUGAAACCCCUUUCAAUCAGGGAUACAUGUUUUCUGUUAGUAAAAAAUGUUCUCAGAGAUGGUAAAUCAUUUCUCCUAUUGUACAAAUAAAGAGCAAAUAAACAAAGAUUUAUGUACAGA